AUGGUAACUCCAGAUUCUUCAACCUCAUUAGAUACCAACAAUCGCUAUUACAUUCAUCAUGGAGAAAAUCCCAAUCAAUCAUUAGUCAUCGAAUUGCUCAACGGUGAAAACUAUGCCACUUGGAGUCGAUCUAUACAGAUGGCUCUCUCUGCCAAAAACAAACUUGGCUUCAGCAACGGCAAAUUCGAGGCUUCAUUGUCAACCAAGCAGCUCGACGAAUAUGAGUUGUGGGAGCAUUGUAACAAUAUGAUUCUUUUAUGGCUCACGCAUUCGGUAGCACCCGAUCUUGCAUCUAGCGUUGUCUUUGCAUCAACAACCCAUGAAGUGUGGGAAGAUUUCCGUGAGUGUUUCGCUCAAGGUAACGCACCCAAAAUCUAUCAAAUUCAGAAGGCAAUUGCUUCAUAUACGCAAGGUACAUCUACCGUCGCUGCUUACUUCACUAAAUUAAAAUAUUAUUGGGAUGAGCUUUCAAUUUAUCGUCCUCCUCCAACUAGUAAACGCACUGAAGUUCAAGCCAUAGAAAAACAAAAGGAACAAGAUCGGUUAAUGCAGUUUCUCAUGGGACUUAAUGACUCCUAUAAUGCCGUCCGAGGAUAG